AUGGCCAUCACCCACGUCGUCAUCUUUUCCUUCAAGGCCGACAUCAGUGAUGCAGAUAAGGAACAUGCCCUGAAUAGUCUACGGGAGAUAAAGGACAAAGCUCUACAUCCCACAACGAGAAAACCUCUGGCAAAGUCUCUCACCGGGGGGAAGAAUAAUUCGCCCAAAAACUUUAAUAAGGGGUAUCAGUAUGCUUUUACCUGGGAGUUCGAUAGCGCAGAGGACCGUGACUAUUACACUUUCAAGGAUCCAUACCACAGUCUGAUUACACCUGUCGUCUUGAACGCUGUCGAGAACGUCAUCGUGGUGGAUUAUACUCCUGGAGAAUGGUAG